AUGGCAAAUUUAUUUGAGAUAUUAGUGACAUGUGAUUCAAAUAAUACAUUAUGGACAUGCAGCAUUUGGGAUCCCCACACCGGUACAAAUUUAAUGAUAUAUAAAGGUGGUGGAACUGCUGAAAACCGAACUCUUUCUUUGAUUGGGAACGAGUAUUUAGCAGCCGUGGAAAAGACUAAGCCAGUCUUACAUGUAUGGCCCUUAAAUUCUCAACAAACUAUACAAGGCAUGCGUUUUAUUUUGCCUGGUAAAGCUAGUUCAUUUGCAGUAGCACCUGACGGAUCAUAUUGUGUAGCAGGAAUUGAUGAAAAAAUCUAUCUUUGGCAAAUUGCUUCAGGAAGUCUCUUAACAAUAAUCAACAGGCAUUAUCAAAAAGUUAAUUUGUUAAAGUUUACUAGUGAUGGAAGAUUCUUUUUAUCGGCUGCUGAAGAUGGGAUGGUCAUGGUAUGGUCACUUGCCACCGUUGCUGCUAAUCCUGAAGUAGAACUUGUUACACAGACAACAGCCGGACAACAUGACCCAAUCUAUAUAUUUUCUGAUCAUUCCCUGUCAGUAACUGAUAUGUGUAUAAGUAAAACUGGAAUUCAUGGGAGGUUAUUUACAGUUUCUAGUGAUAGAUCAUGUAAAAUUUAUGAUUUGACUUGUGGUGAAAUGCUUUUAAAUUUAGUAUUUGAUGAGCCACUCUCGUCUAUAACGCUGGAUGUUUUAGAACUGAAUACAUUUGUGGGUUCGACCGAAGGAAAGAUCUAUCAAUUUAACCUCACAAAUCCACCUAGAAAUCGAGAUGUUCUCAUAAAUAAUGAAGAACUCCAUAAUGUUUUCUCUUCUCAUACAAAAGCUGUUACAUGUCUAUCAGUCUCUCUGAAUGGUGAAGUAUUGAUGUCUGGUUCAAAUGAUGAACAAGUUAUUUUAUGGCAUAUUGCCAGCCGGCAACCAAUUAGAUUUAUAAGACAUAAAGGAGCCAUAACUAAUGCAUUUUUUUCUGUUAACUAUGAAGCAAUUUAUAAACAGGAAUUUUGUCCAACUAUAAUUCUUCAUAGCUUGGAGAGAACUUUAGAAAAUAAUAAUGAUGAUAUAGCUGAAAUAGAAGUGUUAAUAAAUAAAAAGAACAACUUUUGGCCAAAGAUAUUAUCUAAUGGAGAAAGCUUUUUAGAAACCAACAGUGUUUCAAAGGAAAUUAGUCUUGAAAAUAAAAAAGGUGAAUUAGAAUUAAAGACAGAAUUAGAAAAAAUGAAACAUAUUAAUGCCAAUUUGUAUGCAUUAUCUAUCCAAAAGAUUUUAAAUUCUGUAUCUGAUGAAAAUAUAAUUAAUGUAGAAUCUAAGAAAAAAAAGAAAAACAAGAAGAAAAUAAACUUUCAU